AUGUCUACUGUCAGAGAAAAAGUUCCUACAGUCAAUGAAGUAGAAGGAUGGAAGAAAACAGAACAACUAAUAAAUUUUUUGCACAAACAAGACUUAGGACUUAAGGAUAAACAUUUCGAUAUUCUUUGUAAACAAGAAGUUAAUGGCAUAUCCUUCCUUGAGUUAACGCUAGAAAAGCUUCUAGUCUUCCCUUAUGAACUUCCCGGUGGACCAGCAGAAGUUAUAGCAAAAUUAGUCAAAAAAAUUAAGGACGAAGGAGAGGCUAUGACAGUGCCAAAUCAGGAGGUGCAAGAAUUGAAGGAAAGGUUAGCAAUAUUACAGGCGUCUAAGAUUAGAGAGGAAGUUCCUUUAUACUUCAGGUAUCUUGAUUCACAAGUUAUAAAUUUUAGUUCCAAUGGCUGGAACGAUCUUAUUCAGUUAUAUAUCCUUUUGGAAAAGGCAUUUGAUGAUCUUAGGGGCACUCUGGACCUUCAUAUGUUUACUAUUUCUAAUCAAGAAAUAGAUAUUAGCUGGUCAAAAAAGAUGUUUAUUGAUUUCAUUGAAAUACACAAGUGUUCGAUUGAUAAUCCGGUCAUAAUCUCUGACAUAAAAAGAGGUGUUAAAAGAUCAUAUCUUAAUAUGUUGGAGGAUUUACCAUCACCGUCAACGCUUGGAAAUCCCAAGGUUUGGGACGAACAACAAAAACAAAAAGAUCAUCCUUUUUGUUUUAAUCACCAUCCACCAAAAGCUUCUAGAGUUAUACCUGUUAGCUUGUAUAGUUCUAUUUUUGGCCAAUUUAAGGAUUUCUGUAAGGAAGAUCCAGAAAAAGAAGACAACAAAUUCACCUAUGAUUUUUGUUGUAAAAUGGCCGAAAUUUAUGAGAACGAGGAAGAUCGUCAGAAUACGGCAAAUGAAAUGUUAUGA